AUGCGCCUAAAGGGGGAGCUCGGGAACUUCGAGUUCGUCGCGUCCAUCGCGAACGCAGCGCUUUUCACGGGGAUUGUAGCCGGGGAGCUGGUCUACCUCGGGUCGUGGGUGGACGACAUCCUUGUGGCGGCCCGUGGAGCGGAGCGGAUUGCGAAAGUGAAGGCGCACUUGGCGGAGAAGUUCGACGUGCGCAAUCUGGGGGAGGCGACGUACUUCCUCGAAAUGGAGCUGACGCGCGACAGGGAGGCGCGCACCCUGAAGCUAACGCAGAAGAAGCUGACGGGGGAGCUGGUCGGACGUUACGGACUGGCGGACGCGAGGGCGCGUAGCGUUCCUCUUGGAACGGGGGACAAGUUAACGAAGGAGGGGGGCGGUGAGCUGGUCGAGCAGGCUGCAGCCAACGGUGGCGGCCUCGACGUAGAGGCGGAGUACAUGAGCGCAGCGCAAGCGGUGAAGGAGGCGUUGAGUUGGACUCGGGGGAGAUCUUGA